GGGUGAACCGGCUGGCGACUUGUAGAAGACUGACACUGGACCUAUACCGUUCUCCUUUAACAAAAAUUGACUCUCACUGGUUAAAGGACUUAAACUUAAGACACGAAACUAUAAAAUUCUUGGAGAGGGUGCAGAGGAAACACUUAAAAAAAUUGGCCUGAGUACAUUGGAUAUUUUUUUUUCCAUUCCUGAGACAUUUUACUAAGAAGAAUAGACCUGCUGUUUAAUCCUGCAAUUCCUCUACUAGGUGUAUAUCCAAAAGACCAAAAAUCACUUGGCAACAAAGAUAUUUGCAGCAGAUUGUUCAUUGCAGCUCAAGUCACGCCCUACGUCAUCCGGGAGGGAGGGGGCAUGUCCAUUGCCACGCAGAAAGGUCUAGGCUGUCCACUCUCCUGGGACUCGGGACAGCUCGAGGACCGGCCGGGUGUGCGGCUCAGGUUGGGUGGGAGCUCGUGCCACGGUCCCGAGGAGCCGGCGCAGGAGGCCCCAGCCCGCUGUCUCCGGAGCCCCGCCCCGCCCCCUCGGCACGCAAUCCCCGCGCGAGUUUGCGUUUACCAGGCGCGUCCCUGGCGGAGCCUCGGUGCGGCCUGCGGGACGGGCGCGCGGCCGCCUGGCUGCUGAAGUCGGAGGGGAGGGGCCGCCGGCGGCGGGGAGGGGCCGCCGGCGGCGGCGACGAGGAGCAUGUCCGCAACUCGAGCCAAGAAAGUGAAGAUGGCCACCAAAUCGUGCCCCGAGUGCGACCAACAGGUUCCUGUUGCAUGUAAAUCAUGUCCCUGUGGUUACAUAUUUAUUAGCAGAAAACUUUUAAAUGCAAAACACUCAGAGAAGUUACCACCUUCUACAGAAAACAAGCAUGAGGCCAAGAGGAGGCGAACAGAGAGAGUUAGGAGAGAGAAGAUAAAUUCUACAGUAAAUAAAGAUUUAGAAAACAGAAAGAGAUCUCGAAGUAACAGCCAUUCAGAUCAUAUCAGACGAGGAAGAGGAAGACCUAAAAGUGCAUCUGCUAAAAAGCAUGAGGAAGAAAGAGAGAAACAAGAAAAGGAAGUUGAUAUCUACGCUAACCUCUCUGAUGAAAAGGCUUUUGUGUUUUCAGUCGCCUUGGCAGAAAUAAAUAGAAAAAUUAUCAAUCAAAGACUUAUCCUCUGAUAUUUGUCUGCAACAUGUGUUGAAACUUUCUUCAGGAUUGCAUCAGCGAGUUCUGAAACAGGAUGGACUCUGAGGAGCAUCUGGCUGCAUCAAGAAAGGCCAUUGAUCAUCUUUUUCCCUGUCGUUUAACCUGUGCCACACUUCGGGAGCAAAGCUGUGGGCUUGGUGGACUCUUCUGGGAUUUCCUUGUUUACCAAGGAGUAUUGUCAGUGUUUGUGUUUGGGAUAUAAAAGCAAUUAUAUUUACAAAGAAAAAGCUGACUGUAUAUUAAAGGAUAAAAAAGGUUAAGGGUGGGGGCAGAGGUGUGAAAACUAGGAAAAUAAAAUACUUGAUGCUUUUCGGCUUUGCCACCAGAGAUGCAAUAUUUUAAAUAACUGUCAAUGACUUUUAAAAAAUAUGUAUUUCAGAUUUUCAGCCCAACAGAUUGCAUAUUUAUAGUUCAUUUACUUUUAGUAAAUUAGCAAUUGAUGUUUUAUUGAAUGGGGAAUUAAGAAUAUAAAUGGUAAAUUUUACCUAACUUGGUUUUUUUCUUGGCCUUUAUUUUUAUGACUUAAGGUAUGAGUUAUAUUUUAGGAGAUAACUUUCCAGACAGUUUAGAGUUUUGGGUGCUAUUUGAAGAAAAACAUUUAAGGAUAUAUCAUACUUCAGAUAUAAACAUCUUGUUUUUUCUUGAACGUAACUUAUUGGUUAAAAGAAAAUUUUUCUGCUCUCAAGAUGGUGCCUGUUAACCUAAACAUAAAGUAUAUUUAUUACAUGCAAAAUAUUUCUUAAUCACUUUUAAGCAGUAAUGUUUUAUCGUAAUGGAUAUUCAUUUAUACCUCCCAAUAAUUAUUUAAAUUGUUACUUAAUCUCACUCUGGAAGAAAAAAAUAAACCUUAAUAUUGAAACUAAGUAGAUUAAAUAGUGUGGUAUAAGCUUUUUGUGCUAGUGAAAUUCGUGAAAUAUAUUUGAAUUUUUUUUUUUUUUCAAGAGACAGAGUUUCACUUUAUUGCCCUCUGUAGAGUGCUGUGGCGUCUCAGCUCACAGCAACCUCCAACUUCUGGGCUCAGGCAAUUCUCCUGCCUCAGUCUCCCGAGCAGCCGGGACUACAGGUGCCUGCCACAAUGCCUGGCUAUUCUUUGUUGCAGUUUGGCCAGGGCCGGGUUCGAACCCGCCACCCUUGGUAUAUGGGGCCUGAGCCCUACCCACUGGGCCACAGGUGCCACCCAUAUUUGAAUUCUUAAUUUUUCUACCAUUGAAUCGUAACCACUCAGCUCUUGCCUGAUUGCCAUGUUCAAACGCAGUGGUAACACCCCUUAUUUCCACUCCCUCUUUCCCGAAUCACUUUGGAAGUCCUGAAGCAUUAUUCUGGGAGAAACCGUCAGUUAGAUUUAGCCCCUGUUUAAGACAGUUUCCCUUUUAGUUUCAGCAGCAGCAUGGUUAACUUUAUCUUCCAUCCUGCAUUUCCUGUUACCUCCCAAAAGAAAGACCUGCUUUUUUUUCCUGCUUCAUUUAAAUGUAACCAGUAGAGGGAGCUUAAGACGUAUUCUAUCUAGAUUGGAUGUAGAAUUUUCCCAAGGAUUCCUUUCCCUUAAAUCCUUAUAGUUGCUACUGCAAUUAUUUAUUAUGCAUUUAUUAAUAAACUAUUAAUGAAUUUUUUCUAAGAA